GUUGGUGAGCUGGAUGCCGAUCCUGCCUCUAUAACAUGAUACAUCAACGUCGCUGUCUUCAUUUUUUUUUGUUGAAACGUGAUGAUACCCGCAGUCCGCCAAUGUUCGGCACCUCGACAUGAAAAUGCAACAGCAUCCCAACGGGCAUGCAUGUCACAAGGGUUCUUUUGCUUCGACUUCGAGAACCAACAGUAGCUCUUGUUCUGAUUGGAUGUGAGGGUUCAGGCUGACUGCGGUUGGAAGCGCCCCCCCCUGCAUGGCUGUUUGCCAUUCCGCGAGUCCCUUGGGCCACCGAUGUUUGGACUUUCGACGACAUCCACCCACAUCUGCCAACCUUACUUUGAUCAUUCCUUUUUCCGAAGCAGCCUCUUGAGCUCCCCCGUCUCCCACGUUUCCCCCCUCCAUCCUGUCCACGCCACCAGAGCCUGGACACUGCAGACUCGCAUCUCGAUAUCCCCAGACGAUGGACUGGCGAUAGCCUCGAUUCGCGAUCACGGACUCUGUUCUAGAUCCCCGACCCUCGAAACGAGCUUACCUCAACGCACGACUCGACCACGGUUCAUCCGGCAGUCAUUCUAUCCAAUAGCCCGACUUUUCGGGUCCAUCGUUUACUUCACAACUCAAGAUCGCGACUGCCUUCUACAGAGACAUGACCCUUGAUGGACGCAACGCCAUACACAACGUCUUCCACCUCGACCGCCCUCGAUUCCCCUUCUUCCUUAUCCGCUACCAUGGCGCGCCGCUGGGCCAGAAAACUCGAGCGCUACUGCUGCACAUGCGUCACCUACUUUCCCCUCGCCUUCGUUUACAGUAUGACAAGCUGGGCCGCCUAUGUCGAUGUCUCGCUUAGUACGACCCCAUCUCGCGUCACUUGGCUAGGUCACUCCUAUGGCUUCAUCGCCGUCGUUCUUUACCUCCUCGCCAACUGGUGCUACACAUACGCUGUCUUCACUUCGCCCGGGAGCACCACCAACGAGUAUGGCUACAGUACCCUCCCCACACAAGCGCCCCCUACUGCCACCUCCUUCACCGUCAAGUCCAAUGGCGAAUUCCGAUUUUGCAAAAAGUGCCAGGCACGAAAGCCCGACCGCGCUCACCACUGCUCGACAUGCCGCCGCUGCGUUCUGAAAAUGGACCACCACUGUCCGUGGCUUGCAACAUGUGUUGGGCUGCGCAAUCACAAGGCCUUUUUGCUGUUCCUCAUCUAUACAUCAGUUUUCUGUUGGGUCAGCUUUGCCGGUUCGGCAUCGUGGGUGUGGGAGGAGAUUAUGAGCAAUACCACCUACGUCGAAACCCUCAUGCCAGUCAACUACAUUAUGCUUUCCGUCAUCUCUGGAAUUAUCGGUAUCGUCCUGUCCGCUUUUUGCGGAUGGCAUAUAUACCUGGCUUCCCGUGGACAGACCACCAUUGAAUGUUUAGAGAAAACGCGCUAUCUGUCUCCGCUGCGCGAAUCGAUGCAAAGGACCUACGUCAACCAGCAUACCCCCGGCCAAGGUAUUGCGCUGCCUAAAUAUGGUCAGCAACUACUGGACAUCCACCAAAACACCAUCCCAGGAGUCACACGACCAGAGGAAGGUGAAGAGAUGCGACGGAUGACGACUCCUUCGGGCUCAUCGCAACGCAACGAUCUUGCCUCCCAGCACAAUCCCGAACUCCAGGCAGGCUCGCGCCGCUUUACGUACGACGAGAUGGAACACAUACGCGCCCGUAAACGCUACGAAGACUACUUGGAUGAGCAGGACUCGACCAAGCUGCCCCACGCUUUCGAUCUCGGGACACCGCGCAACCUGCUGCAUCUCUUUGGUACCAACGCCUGGCUAUGGCCCUUCCCGGUAUGCACCACCAUCGGCGACGGUUGGAGCUGGGAGCCGAACCCGAAGUGGAUCGAGGCCCGCGAUCGUAUCGCUCGGGAGCGCGAAGAGCAACGGCAGCGGGAGCGACAAGCCGGAUGGGGUCCAGCCGAUGACGACGAUAUUACGCCUGUAUAUACACCUACAUGGACGCCGCCCAACCAACAACACCCACAAGGUGGUGCGGGUCGUCACUACCUGCAACCCUCCUCUCAGCCACAAACACAGCGCAACAGUAACUCCAGUAGUCCCUCAUUCACCCCUUCACGACGCACACCCAGCAAAGCCGACCGAAUCCUGGGCCGCGAUCCCAACAUGUACGCCGAUGACGAACCAGUAAUAUAUGGCAAACACGACGUAGCCAUGAGCAGACUGAGUCCUGCAGGCCGUACUCUGGUAGUAGAAGACGACGUUCUUAAUGAUGAUGACGAUGACGACGAGGACUACUUCCAAGAUGCUGGCCGCAAACAGGAGGAUGCGGAGCAAAGUGCCCUGAAUGUGGUAACAAACGGGCGAUGGGGUCGCCCUGCCGGCGCAAGCGGAGUGGGAUUGCUUGCGCAUGGACGGCCUGGGGGAGCGAGGAGUCCCAUUAGUCCUAUAAGUCCUCCUGCUCGGGGAUUUGGCGGGAGCGCGAAGAAUGGGGAGGAGGGAAGGUCGAAUGAUGAUGGCGUGGAUUGAUGAAGAAGUGCCCGUGAUCCCUGUUUCUUCUCUUCUUUUCUUCCUUUCACGUCCAUCUCUUAAUAUCAUCACACUACUUACUUGUUUCCCCGAUUUGGCUUUAGCGAAACGUACCAUACUAUAGCGCAAAGUACUUCUUGGACAAACAUCAACAAUAUAUAUUUUUAAGAAGUUUCAAAGCCUUGUAGGCGUGGGCGAAAGGAGCAGGAUCAGGUCGGUUCAUGUGGCGUUGUGGUGUUUAGAGAUAGGCUUUUAGGUUACCAUGUAUGUCGAGCAAGCCAAACAUUUACAUGGGCUUGGUCUUGAUCUCAAGAUGGGCGAAUAUCCUGAGCCUGAGACUCUACCAUACCAAGAGUCGCUCGCUAUGAGUGAAGCUCUUAUCCGCCGUGUACUUGUUUACAUGCCCCUGAACACCGGAUCUUGAAACCAAAAUUCGGCACACUAGUGCGCCUGGAUUCAUUGCUACCUAAGCAAACCACAAAAACCUGUAGCUAUAGCCAAAACAGGGUUGAAUAAAAAUAACGGCCAUGAAAAGAAAAUCAGAGUAACAACAGGAAGUCAUAGUUGCGAGGCCAAACAACCAACCAACCAAAGGUUGUGGUCACCACCGCCGCAAACCAAUUUGAAGAACUCCCAGUAUGCUUGCAUAUCUUAC